AUGAAGGAUCUUAGCGAAAUCCCACUUUUGAUCACGAUGAUUGGAGUUUGUACUCUUUUGCUGCUUAUGAGCACAAAUUGGUGUAAGCAAUCUCUCAAGGCAGAAGUAGAGAUUGAAAUACGCGCUCAGGUUCUCCUGGAUCUGCUGCAUACUCCAGCAGAGCAACGAUCGACGCGAGUUUUAGAUCUCUGUUUCUUCGCCCUGGCACAUUCUUUCCUCCCAAAGGACUAUGGUCCCGCCUAUCGACUUGUAAGAUCCGAAGAUUUUGACACAUUUGAAUUGAGGCUACAUCUGGCAGAAAGAUUUAAGGAGUCCGAGGCAGAGGUUCAUGGUAAAAUUGAAAUAGGGGCCCGGAGCUUUAUAGCACUGACAUGGGAGGAAGAAAGACAGUUUUUGGAAGCUAUGGAAAAAUUAAUUGAGGGGCCGACAUUGGAGAUCGAGAGUAGUGAGGGAUACCAUCUCCCAGGCGUACACUGUUCAACGGGAUUCGAAAAAGAGAUCAAAAAUAUCAAAAAAUGGAUCGAGGAGCAGAGCAAAGAGAAAGUGGAAGAAGUAUAA